AUGGCUGCCAACGACAGGACUCUCCCCAACUUAGACCGGCUGCUACAGCAGGUUACGUAUCUGUUUGAACGCAGCAAGGUCAACCUUGGUACCAAGAGGGGUGACCGAAUCUACCAGGACCCAGUCCUGCUGAGUCUUUGCAAAGAUCUUGGCGCUGAGGUUCCUGGUGACGAUGAUUCGGCUAUCGCUCCUCCUCCUACGGUGUCACCGGCCAAUGUGGCACCGCACCUGCCACCUCCGACUGAGAUCCCAUUGCCUGGCCCUGCUGAACCCAUCCAAUUAGCAGAAAAACCUUCACAUGCGGUUUCUGGGGGAUCUUCUGAGGAGAAGGAACUUGAGGCUAUGGUAGAUGAGAUUUCAGCUGCCCUCACAUCGUUGGGGAUGAAUGAAGGUGAAAGGAACCCCCAAGCUGCAACAGAACCUGUGAGGGAACCUGCUGGGAAAGGUCAAUUGACAUUGAAAGAUAUGAAAGCUGCUGUGUGGCUUCCCCGGCUACCGAAGAAACGAGAGUUGGAAGGGACACCCAAUGUGGCAGUCUUGGAUAACCAUGGGGUUCUGCGGCCAGUGGCCAACCCACAUUCAAAACCUGCUGCUCCCCCCAUUCCUCAUGAGCCAUCUGAAGAUCGUGGCUUAUCGUCUGAGGAGAAUACUUUGAUUGACGUGUCGGAUGAUGACAGCGAAGAUGAUGAUCUUGCUACAACAAGUGCGCUGCGCCACAAGCUGGAAGAUAUGAUGAUGCAGCUGGAAGAGUCCUUGGAUGAUGUCGACGUUGCUACAGUUCUCUACCAGCAGGAUUUGCCUCUCCAAGCAGCCAGUGCAGGUGACAGUGCAACCUAUGUGACUGAGUCUUUGCCAUUCGGUACUGACCAACUCGAGACCCAACUUGUGAUGCCUUCCGAAGAAUUCAUCAACACGCAUGAGAUGAAAACCAUGCUUGCCAGAGAAGAUCUAGCUGAAGUCCCCCAGCAGGAAGUGCUUUCAGUUGAAACAUCGGGUGAAAUGGUAGAAGCUGGCCACUGCAAAGAGGUCGCUCCUGAGGAAAAUGGACAACACCCUGAUGUCCCAAGCCAUCCAACGGUGACCCGACGUGCCCAGUUUACCGUGAAGCAGAAGAUCAAGGAGGAACGUGCUGCUGUGAGUUGGAGUGUUUACUGGAAAACCAAUGGUGUUGGGGUGCUGCUGAACCCAGAAUACAUAGAAGGGUAUGAGCAUGCAGCUGAUCAGACAAAGCCUGUGAAAAAGAAAGAUUGGAAGCACACCACUCACUUUGGUGCUGGAUACUGUACUCAGUGCAAUUUGAUCUUGGCGAACAAGUGGGUUGAAAAGCUUUGGGACAACGCCACCGAAGAAUGGUAUCUGAGACCCAAGCAUGAGACCAUGCAGCAGUACGACAAGCCUCUUAUGGCGCGGAAACGGAAGUGGACUGCUGCGCUGCGGAGGGCAGUGGAUGAGAGCUUCUUCAUUGGUCUUCCUGGCCUUGAGCUGGAGUACUGCGAGUUUUUCGCUGGUGCUGCGAAGGUGUUUGAGGAAGUGAAGGGUGCAGCCUACCCUUCUACAGCAAUUGACAUAGAGUACAUGAAGAACGCUGCGCACGAGGGACGGACCAACCCGUUUGACUUCAUGACUCCUUGUGGGUUUGGGAUCGCAGUAUGGCUGAUAUCUCAAUGUCGCCCGAAGAACUUCUUCAUUCUACUUGCUACGGUGUGUAGCAGUUGGAUACACAUCAAUGCUGGUACAUCUAGACGUAGCAUGCUAUUGCCAGAAGGUCGGCAGGAUUUGCCUUACAUUCAGCUAGCAAACGGAAUGGCCUCAAGGACCCUUUGGGGCCAUAUACAUGCACGUUUACACGGUUUGGGUUACCACCACGAAAAAGGGAACCCACAAAACUCAUAUAUAUAUAAUUUUUGA